AUGAACGCAUAUUGUGUGAUCUGCUCCGACCAAUUUGUGUCCUUAACAGAGAUCGAUAUCUCUGCCGGCAUCUGCGGCCACACGUUCCACGCAGACUGUCUUGAAAAAUGGCUCGAAAUGGCGCGAACUUGUCCAACCUGCAGACAGUAUUGGUCCAAAAGAGAUGUCGUGUCUAAGCUUUACUUCGAAGCCUCCAAAACAGCCGUGAACGAAGAAUGUACGCCAAAAUUGUUAAACGAACUGGGUUCGAUAAGGGCCCGAUUGGCAGAAUCGGAACGCAAGUCCAGUCAACUUGAGGCUGACUUCCAAGCUUUACGGGAGAGUAACGACGCCCUGACGAUAGCGUAUGAGGACACUCGGAAUAAAAUGCAUGCGUUAGUCGAAGCUGGAAAAGCUAAGAACAAGCAGCUCAAAUUUUACCAGUCUUGCGAAAAAGAAUGGUUAGCCCGCGAUAAAGAACACAAAGCACUGAAAAAUACAGUUCAAAAAUAUUCUUACAUUGAGAAUUUGGUAAAAGUCUCUGAGAGUGAUAGCAAACUGUUACUGGAAAAGGCGGCGAAGGGACCCGGUGCGUUGGAUAGGCUGAUUAGUAUGUGCGUUAUAAUUAAACGAGAAUACGAACAGUGUAAAAGAAAUAAAAAAGCACAGAGGAAUGAGUUAGACAAAGUUCUUAAAGAAUUAGCGUCUUUUCGAGUCGAGUUGGAAAAGGUGGAAUUCAAUAAUGUCGUUCUUCGGGAACAGAACGAACGUGCUGAAAAAGAACUGACCGAAAACGAACGUCAGAUUUUGGAACUGAAGAAAAAACUUCAUUCCGUAGUGCAGGAUUCGUCGCCGACCGGUUUAACAAGCCCAAACAAAAACGGAGAUAAACUGCAGAAAGCCGAUUUGAUUAGCGUCGACGGUAGUUCUCCUGGAGAACUCGGCACGACCCCAGGCAACGGUGAUCGACCCAUACGCCGUGUUUUAGUCAAGUCCCCUUUAGAUGGCAUUAAUUCCCAGCGUUCUGCUCCCACAAACGAUGGCAGGAUUCACCAAAUCUCUAUAAAAAUCACCACCGCUGCGACGUCUUCGAAAUUAUCGAGAAAGUUCUCCAGCGCUGGUUCUUCAGAACUCUUCAGCGACGCUAAGUUCAGCGCUUUGACACCCACCGACAAACCAGUGAUUCAGAAUUCUAGAAAAGGUUAUGAUGGCUUAGGGGGUCACACAAUGUUUACUCAAUGUCUCUUUCGACCAAAUUAUACACCGUCUUCGAGGAAACGACCAUUGAGAUACAAUGAUCACGCUGUUUCCAUACAAAAGAACUAA